UGACCUGUCAAUGCCGGAUAAUAAAUUCAUAUCAGGGAAACAUUGCAAUCUCUCCAGGAAAAACAAUACUAUAUGGCUGGAGGAUACAAGUACUAAUGGUACGUGGUUAAAUGGAGUCAAGAUUGGCAAGGGACAGAAACAAAGACUGUUUCACAGGGAUGAAAUAGCAGUUGUACACCAAGAGGGCAAAGAAGGGGCUAGAGAUAUAGUUUACCGAUAUGAAGACAUUGCAAUGCUGGAGGCUGAGCAAGAACGGCUGGAUCAGACACAAGAAAUGGAUGACCCAGAUGAAAAUACAGAAGAUUAUGUAUUCAAAGACAAAGAUGAUGAAGAAGGGGCUUCCAGGAAGAGGAAAAAAGAUGAGGAUUCUGAUGAUGGAAGUAAACCUCCUGCUAAAAGGCUUGAAGCAGGAGAGGAAGAUGUAAACAAGGAUGAUAAAAUUCCAUCUGAAGAUCCUGCAGAAAAGCCAGCAGGAGAAGCAGCUUCAUCCGUUGCAGAUGAAGCUUCUAAGGCAAUAGAAGAUACUGAUAAGGCUGCUGCCACUGAAAAGGGAGAUGGGGAUACUGAGAAGAGGAAAGAAGAAGGGGUGAAAUCUCCAAAGGAUGAGGAAGAAGAAUCAGAUGACAUUCUUGAGACCCUUAUAUGCAGCAUCUGCCAAGAUAUACUGCAUAAGUGUAUCAGCCUUCAACCUUGUAUGCAUAGCUUUUGUGCUGCAUGUAUAUCGGGAUGGAUGAAACAUUCAAAGAGAUGUCCUCAAUGUCGAAAACAUGUUAAGCGCAUAGGCCAUAAUUACAUUGUUAACAGCCUAGUGGAUGCCUAUCUCAAACAAAAUCCAGACAAAAAGAGGACAAAAGAAGACUUGGAAGAAAUGGAUGCCCGUUGCAGUAUUCCAUUCAAUAAGACAUUUGACUAUGACCCCUUAUACGAUGAGGAUGAAGAAGGUGAUUAUGAUCCAGAUGAUGAGGAGGAUUAUGAGGAGGAGGAAGAAGAGGAGGAGGAAUAUGUUCCACCACCACCACUUGCCUGUAGACAGUGUCCCCACUAUGUACAGCCAUUGGACAGAGAUGCUGUCAUGUCACUUCAAACCUCUCUGGAUCCAUCAACAAGCACUGCUGCGGUGGCAGGGAAUGCUCCUUCCACAUCUUCAGGAGAUGCUGCUGUUCCCUCCACCUCUUCAGCCACGUCUUCAUCUCCGUCCAAGAGAGUCCGAAUAGCUGUGGGAGGCGUACCUGUCCCCAUGCCAACCCCUCCACCAUUCCAGUGCAAUCUUGAUGCCUUACAACACGUAGCCUGCACGUGCUGCCUGCAGUCCAUGCCACACAGAACCAGAGCGCCAGAUAUUCCCCCACAGAUAUGUCGUAUCUGCCGAAGGAGCUUUUGCCAUAUGUACUGGGGCUGUAAGCAGUACAACUGCCUAGGGUGUCUCAACAGGUUCCAAGAUAUGAAAUUUAGUGAGAGUGUUCUGGAUACUAUCAUUAACAACAAUAGAUAUGAAUCAACAAUAUUUAAAGAUUUCAUGUUAUCGAAGGGCCAUCAUAAUAUCCAUCUUGUACUACAAGAAGUAUUGAGUGGACUUGCAGCUAAUAAUUACAGAACAGACGAGACCCAGCUACAUGCUAUUUCAGGACUUAGUCCUCUUUGUUAUACCUGUGCCUUGAGGGUAUUCCAGGGUACUGCAUAUCUCUACAGAGCAGGCAUUCCAAAGGAUGAUUUACCAAUUCUUGUCACAGCCAGGCCGGACUGCCAUUGGGGAAGGGCCUGUAGAACACAGUACAACAAACCACAUCAUGCUGCGAAUUUCAAUCAUGUUUGUGAUCAAGUUCGAUUCUGAUGAUGACCCCCAUAUAGUCUGUCAUUUUGGAUCAAGGAGCGUUUUCCAGUUGGUGACCUACAUUAUGACCUUUGGAUGGGAGCGAUGACAGUGCAAGUGAUCUACAAUAGUAGGGUUUGAUCUGCUCAGUAGUGCCUCUGAAAAUUAUAUUUUAUUUUAUCUGUGUGAUGUUUAGUCAUAUAUUUAUUAUUUAUUUUCAAAUGUACUUUCUUUACACAGCUGAUAUAAUUUCUCAAUUAUAUGAAUUUUUGCAACGUUCUGUGCAGUCAGUAUCAUUGAGCAAAAUAUUUGUUUGUUCUGGAAAAUAGAUACGUUUGUGCAUGUACAUUGCCACUCCCCAA